GACGGGGUAACCCGAUAAUGCAUUAUAAUUCUCAUUACAAAUAUAAUUUUCAUAAUCAUUGUGAAUAUAUUGUCUAUCAAUAAAUUCAACUUUAUAUAAAGAUGGGAUGAAUUUUCUAGCCCUCAAAAUUUACGUAUGAAAAAAUCGAUCUUUUGGAUCGUACCUAUGAUUAUAUCUUUUCACAAUAAUAAGCUUUAACAUAACAAUCUGUUUUACAAUGUCAUCAAAAAAUAAUUACGAACAAAGAACUUCAUAUGUUCAAAGGUUUAAUUUAAGUAACAUGAGUAACAUGAGAACUAGGAGGAAACCUCAAAAACUUUGUCCAGACUGUAAGGAAACGAACGACUGCGUUAAGCUCUUAUCCAAUAAAGUAAAUAAGGUAGAAGAAAUCGUCAGCGAUUUUUAUAAAAAUCUUCAAAAAAAAGAAGCUAAGCGAACUUCUGUAUUUAACGCAAAGUUCAUUUUGAAUAAUGUACCUUGCGAACUAGAAUAUGAUUUAUCAAAGUUCACGUUAGAAAAUUUACAAAAGAUAAUAAUAAUCCAUCAUCUGUUUAACAAAUAAAAUAUAUAUUUUAUUUAUAUAAUAUAUGUCAAAUAUAUCAGCAGAAAAUGAUAAAUAUAAAUAAAUAAAAUCCCUUAAAAAUUCAUAGUUUGGAUUUUUAUGCCUUCUGAUUUAUAGAAGCUUCAGAAUUUCUAUUAAUCCAAAAAUAGUUCCUCACAAAAAAAAACAAAUGUAUAAAAUUGGUUUUAUUUAAUGUAACAAAUAAUUGUUUAAAAUGCACCAAUUUCGCAUUAAUAAAUUCGACAUCAAUAAUACAUAAAAUAAUAAUUAUAAAUA